GCAGAGUUGAGGUAGUAGCACAGCUUCCAGGUACUCCUUCUUGUAUUGAUGAAACACCAAGGGAUUUACACCAACCAACUGACAAGAACACAUUACACCCAAACAUUGUAUCUUGCCUGGUGCCUGCUUCCAUGGGUGAGUGUCAGUUUUAGUGCCAAGUACUUAUGAGUAUUCAGUUUCAUUUUAAUUCUCAAUUAAUUUGGAAUUUGUACAUGAAUUAAGCCAAAAUGUACAAUUCAAGAAAACUGAAAUUACAAAACCUUGCCUCCAUACCCCACACAAGGAAGAACAAAAUUCAUUGCAAACCAGACAUUUGAAGUCUCUGUGAUUGUACGUUUAUAUAAAUAUUCAAGAACUGGAAUCAUUUUUUUCAGGUAAUACAGCAUGAAGUUAGUACCAUGUUAAACAUAAUAUAAAAUAAUUUCAAACCAAGUGAUAUUGAAGGAUAAUUAAUGUACAGUAGCUUGAAGGGAGAUUUACUUAUCAGAUCUUGGGAGUGAAAGGGCUAAGAGGCCUUGAAGGUAUCCAAUUUAAAAAGAAGCCAGAAUGCAGUAAUAUUGUGCUUUUUUUUCACAGUUUUCCAGCAGCCUCAAAACCAGUUUCUUUCACUUGAAUUAUGGCCUCAAUCCCUUGUCAGGAAUGGUCUGAUCAGUAUGGGUGUGCAAUCAUUGGGAGCUGUCAAUUGGUCAGUGUUAACACAAGAAGAAAAAUACAGUACCAAGAUUUUGCAUAUGCCAUUCCAGCUUUUGCAUCGUAUUUGUUUGUCACUUGACAUACUAAGAACAGAUGGCAAAGACAUUAGAAUGCUUGCAGAGAAGCUUGGACUUACAAUACUUGAUUUUGAGUGUUUCCAAAAAGCAGUCACUACACAGAAGGUGGCUGGUCCUGUUACCUAUGUUCUCCUUGGAGAAAGAUUUUUUGCAGCAAAACCUGAAGGAACUGUUGGGGAUUUUGUAGACAUAUUGAAGGUGAUGGGAAGGGAGGACAUAGUCAAUGAGAUAAAUGGUUGGUCUGAAUGUUAAAAGAUUCCAAUAACACAGAGGGUAAUCCAAUAACUCUUUGGUGUGUAUGUGCCUCUAGGAAGGUAUGUACAUAUGCCCUACCAGGAACAACUACCUCCUUGUUUAGCUGAUACCAAACAACGCUCUGGUACAAAACACUAAGAUUAUUUUUUUUUUGUUUACUUCAAACAUGUCACUUAACAAAAAGAAAUCUAGACAAAAUUUCAUUUUCUCAUGUGUAACCUGAGGC